AUGUCCUCCGAAGUCGCCAGCACUUCUGCACCCACACCCACACCGCGCAGAUCGCGCGGUGCCAACCCAUCCACCGACUACAAGUCGCUCUUCCUCAAGUCCAAGGACAAGUACGAUCGCGUCUCGACCGACCACACCGAACUCAAAGCCAGCGUCACCAAAGCCACCGCAAAGCAGCAGAAGUUGCGUGAGGAGCUCGACUACCUCCUGGAUGCGGUUGCUGCCAAACGCGCGCAACGAGAGCAGAUCGAACAGUCGCAUCGCGACCAUGCGCUCGAGUUGGAGCGCGAAGCUGCGGCGGCUGUAGCUGCGGCUGAGGCGGCAAGGCGUCGUGCUACCUCCAUGGCCAGUCGCGAGCGCGAGCGUGGCGGAGACGUGUAUGAGCCGAGGGUUGCGCAUAGGGGUUACGAGGGUGGGGAAGAGUAUAGGUCGUACUCGGCCAGGUAUGCAGAGCCCAGCUAUCAGUCGUUUGGAACCGGAAUGAAUAGGGGGUAUGCUUCUCCGCCUCCUCCGCCUCCACCAGCAGCAGUCGGCAGCGCAGGCGCGAGAACAUCAAGCUUCUCGUCGCAGAGAGGCGCGGACAGAUACCCCGCCUCCGACGGCUCGCCGCAAGCUUUGGCCAGAAGAGAUUCUCAUCCGAGCGGAUCGUAUCAUCCAGGGCCAUCUCAAUCACCCCCACCACCGCCGGGACGACCAUUGUCCGCAGCGUCGUCAUCGCAUCGACCACAUCCGCGCGACCCUCACUCGUCGCCUUCGAGGUACGAUUCUCGUCCAAGGUAUCGCGAGUCUACGCCUCCUUUGCCGCCAUCUUCCACUUCGUCCGCAGUCAAACGGCCACGACCGACCAGUGUCGAACGCGAACUGCUCGAUGUCGACGACGGAUAUCACAUCAAGCGGCCCCGAAAUGAUUGA